AUUACGGUCAUAAAUCAGUUCAAAACGAAUUUCGGACGCGUGCGGUACUAAACAAAGGGCUGCGGAACUAAUUGGCCAAUUAAAAUUUGUAAACGGGAAGGAAAUUCUAGCGCCGAGCAGAGGAAAGUACUAACAACGUAUUAUUCAAAUUAUUUUUGCACGCUCUUCUUGCUUGUGUCUAACAACUUGCACACAAAAGGAUUAGUGCUUGUUGUUAAGUGUACGAAAAUGUUCACUAAUUGGCUAACGGGAACAACUGGCGGUGGUGGUGCUGGCAACGGCAGCACUAAUGGUAGCGCACCUGUCAGCAGUAACGGUAGUAACGCCAGCACAGCUGCAAGCAAUGCAGAGGGCACUGUGUUGCCCGUUGGCACCGUUGCGGCUGCUGCCGCUGCUGCUGCUGCUGGUUCUGUGGCGUCGAGCAUUAUGUCCACACCGCCCGAUGUAGUGCUGGAAGUGGGCCCGACUGGUCCUGCUAGUGUGCGCUUUGUGGCGCAUAGUAUUGUGUUGGGCAUGCACAGCGGUUACUUGCGUUCCGCCAUACGCCUGGACGAGAAUGCGGCCAUAGUAGGCGCGGGCAAUGAGCUGGUUUUGUUUUUGGGAAAUGUGACCGCGGAACAAUUCGCGCCGCUACUCACCUACAUGUACACUGGCUAUUUGGAUUUGAAUGUGGAUAAUAUAUUUGGUGUGCUAUUGGCGACGCAUGUGUUGCAUAUGCCGCGGGCACUAGAAAUUUGUCGUUCCUUUCUAGCGCGCGCUCAAACCGAGGGCUAUCUAGCCAGUGGUAAUAUGGCUGGCCAGCCAUCUAUCGCCCAAAACGCAAGCCCGAAAAUCAUACGUCCCAUACCGAGUAAGGCUACACUUCCGAAUUUUGGUUUUUUGCCGCUCAACGCAACACAUCAGUUGCCGCUGUCACAAGCUGCUUUGGCAGCCAACAACAGUGAUUCCUUCAAGCAGUUGCAGCAAGCGUACAGCACUGGGCCAGUGCUGGGCGUACACAAUCGCUGUGCCGCUGAAUCGCGCGCGUCAAACGGUCAUGAAAUCGAUGUCGACCGCACACAUUCCACACGCAAUUCGCCCGCUGACGAAGACGACGAAGAUGUGGAAGUUUUCAUCGACAACAAUACCAAGUCUGACGUGGAUGGAGAGCUCGAUUGCGCCAUUUCGGUGACAUCCCACUCAUCGCACAAUAAUCGAGACACUGCUGGUGGUAAACAUGAACAACAUGAAAGCAGCACGGAACGAGAGAUCGUCGUCACUGUGGCCGAACCACCAGUGCCAUUGGCAAAAGCGCGUGCGGAACGUGACAGAGAAGUCGCGCGUGUAGCACAUAAGUCAAACACAAAUGCUGGCGGCACAACUGCACACAGCACAAGCAAGCGCGAACGGCGCAAACAAACGCGCACGCAACACAAAUCAGGUGGCUCGCGAGUAUCUGGACUGCAAGUUGCCAAAGCGCCCAUACCUGCUUCGCAGCUGGACAACAACGAAAGCUCUAAAGUGAUCAUCGAUGUGGCAAGCUGCGACGGACCGGUGCGUUUUAGACGCAUACUCAACACCGCCUACGGCCACAAACCAGAGGACUACGCCGUCAUGCCCGAGCGCACACAGCAAAGUGUCUCACUUUCCUUUCACCAACAAAUGGCGAAGGCUAUCAGUCAACAGCGACAGCUGGCCACAGCCAAUGAAGAGUCAGAAAACAGUGAAUCUAGUGGUGGAGGCGGUGGCGGAAAUGCGGCUAGCGGCGGUGCUGCCGGCAACGGCAAAACCAAUAAGAGUGCCAGCAAUGAAAUCUACGUCUGCGUCUAUUGCAAGCACACCUUCAAGUCGCAAUACUGCUAUCAGAAGCACGCCAAGCGGCAUCUUAAUCCGUUGAGUCUCAAUUGUGCUGCUGCAGCGGCUGCAAAUGCAGCUGGUGUUUUAGAUGCCGAUGAGAAAAUAACGUCGGCAGCUAAGUUCGCGAACGGCGGUGGUGCAAAUAGUAGUUUCAAUUUAGCGCGCAGAGCCAGCAUACCGCUGCCGAUUGUGACAAGUAAGCAGGACGCAAGCGAACUGCUGCGUCGUGAAGUGCGUCCGCUGGACAUGAAUGUGCAAUACUAUCCUUGCAAGACGUGUGGCAGCAAAUUUCCCAGCUACUAUUUUGUGCACAAGCACCGUAAGAUGUGUCAUGCAGAGGAGGAGGCGGCAGCAGCGGCAGAGACGGCGAGCAAGCGGGAAAAUGGUAGUGGAAAUGGCGGCACAGCAGGCGCAGGAGGCGGUGGUGGGUCGGGUGAAAGCAAGCGCGAAAAAUCGGCAGAUAAGAAGAUGGUGGAUUAGGACAAGGAAUUAAAAAAAUCAAAAAGUUAAAAAGCAGCGAAGUGACACUCCUUUUGGAAGGCAAAUGCUUGGAAUAAAUUUCAGUUAAUUAGAAAUCAACAGCCAAGCAAAGUGUUGCAUUAGUUCUUAAGAAGUACACGAAUUUACAACAAAAUGCUCAAAAAUAUCAUUGCGGAAAACGGCGCAGAACACACGAAUUUAAUUAGCAACUUAAUUAAUAUGAAAUGUAAAAAAACAAAUUUAGCACAAAUGAAAUUUAAAAAAAUAGCCAGAAAAUGUAGAAAAAACGAAAAGGAAUAAAUAAAAUUAAAAAAACAUCAGAAAAGCGUUGA